AUGACGCAUGCAGUGCGCACUGGGGGGCCCCCUACACAAGGGGGCCCCCCAAACAUACAUGGGGCCCCCAACAGCCCAGGGGCCCCCAACAGCCCGGGGGGCCCUCAAACCCAGGGGGCCCCUCUUGCCCAGGGGCCCCGGAAUCCAGGGGUCCCCUCGAGCCCAGGGGCCCCCUCUUGCCCAGGGGCCCCGGAAUCCAGGGGUCCCCUCGAGCCCAGGGGCCCCCUCAUCAACCCCAGGGGCCCCUCUCGCCCAGGAGAGCCCUUAUGCCCAGAAGGCCCCCCUCGCCUCUGGGGGCCCCCCUUUCCCUGGGGGCCUCCCUCUCUCUGGGGGCCCCCUCUCUCUGGGGGGCCUCUUGAGAGGGGGGCCCCCCUCGGGGCUAGGGAUGGCUGGGCCAGCAGUGGAGCCUCUCGGACAUUUUCAAGUUUGGGGCCUUUGGCGACGAUCCAAGGGGCCUUCCAAGGGGGGCCCCCCAAGGGGGCCCCCACAAGGGGGGACCCCAAGGAGGCCCCUGCCGGGGCCCCCCAAGGGGCCCCUCAGGGGUGGGUUGGUGGGGGAAAAGAGGCAAGGAAUGGCUGA